AUGGAGCAUAAACUAUCAAAUUUUACUUACGACUCUCAGUCACAUAUUGUUGAUCUACUCACUACGCGGGAAUUAACUUUUGAAAGUUUAAAAGGUCACGAAGGUUGUGUUAACACCGUUGUAUGGAACAACAAUGGUGAUCUCAUAUUAUCUGGUUCAGAUGACUGUCAUCUCAAUAUAUGGUCUCCAUUUGAUAAACCUGAGGCUCCUCUUAUCCAUUCAAUCCCAUCCGGUCAUAGUGCAAACAUUUUUUCUGCCCGUUUCAUGUCUCAUACAAAUGAUCGUCAUAUAGUUUCUUGCUCUGCUGAUGGAAUAGUCUUGUUUACUGAUUUAAGUGACUAUAUAUCAAAAUCUCCUUCUCGCAGUUGGCAUCCUUUCCCUGCUUUUCGUUGUCAUGACGGAAUGGCAUUCGAAGUUAUGCCUGAUCCCGUUGAUCCAAAUAUAUUUUUCUCUUGUGCCGACGACGGUCUCAUCAACAAAUACGAUCUCCGUAUCUCUAAUUCUUGCCUUUGCAACCAUUGUAAACGUCAUUUAUUUCUUGAUUUGAACCCCGUACGUCGUCAAUCUCGAAAAUCUCAGAAUAAUUUUCAAGGUAGAAGAGGUACUCGUCAAUCUACUGAUGGUGAUGAUUCUCGUUCUCUUAGUGAACCUGAAUCUGAACAAUUUUCUGAACGAAGACGCCGUACUUUUUCUUUCCGUUCUGCAAAAGAUAUGAGUGUCACCGCUAUUUCAAUUAGGCCUGAUAAUCCUAUUUAUUUUGCUGCUGCUUGUGGUGAUGAUACUGUUCGUAUAUAUGAUCAAAGAUUUGUUAGAACUCCUUCUUCAAGUUCUGAUAUUCCUUAUCAUAGAGAUGGUCAAGUUUAUCAGUUUAUUCCUACACAAAUGCGUCAAAAUCAACGAAGAGAUGAAUUUAAUCGUCAUAGAAUGACUAGUAUGAAAUUUGAUCCAAAUGGUGGUGGUGAUUUGUGUAUUAGUUAUAGUAGUGAAAAAGUUUAUUUAAUUAGACCUGGUAACAGUUUUAAUAACAAUUGCAAAUCUCGAAAUGGCGAUUUUAGAAUAUCAAGAAAGCAAAAAAGAAAUAAAGUCGUUGAUUCUGACCUUGUUGAUAAUAAACCUAAAGAUAUUAUUAUUAAUGAUAAUGAUAUUGAUUUGAAGAAUGAUGAAAUGGAUGUUGAUACUUCUAUACCUGAAUCCAGUAAUAAUGAUAAUGGUGGCUCAACUCCAUCAUCAAUACCUGAAGUUGAACCCGAGGAUCUUUCCAGCAUGCCGCAAAAUAUUAAAGAGGCUUAUUUCUUUGGUGCCAAUUCUGAAUAUAUUAUGUCUGGUUCGGAUGAUGGUCGAAUAUUUAUAUGGGAUCGAUAUACUGGCAAAGUGGUUAAUCUGUUGAAGGGUGACUCGAAAGUCGUUAAUUGUGUUCAACCUCAUCCUUCAUUUCCCAUAUUAUGCACUUCUGGGAUUGACGAUGACGUAAAGAUUUGGUUCCCUGAAUGCGAAGAAAAUGAUAUCUCUGAUGCUUCUGAUAUUAUACAACGAAAUGAGACAGAAGCGAGUAAUGAAAGUGGUAGUCUUAGUAGUUGGGGUGGUCGAGUUUUGGUUAUACCUGCCAGCCAGGUUAUGCAAUUAUUAG